AUGUCUCAGACACCUGCAUUUUCAAGACUAGUAACAGAGAGAAAGAGUCGAAGAACUCAUAAGAACUCUCGUGAUGGCUGUCCAAAUUGUAAAGCCAAAAGAAUAAAGUGUUCGGAAGAAUUACCAGCAUGUUCUAAUUGUAUUAAGAAGAAUUAUCAUUGUGGUUAUCUAGAUUUUCCAGCAGAAAAGUUGGAACUAUUAAGAAAGAAGAAUGAAAAGAGACAACGAGAACAUCCUCAAUUUCAUGACUCUCAGAUCCUUCAAUCUCCUGCCAAUUCUUUAGGUAUAAUGUCAAAUUCUAGUUCUAAUAGUGCUAAUAAUAAUAAUAGUAGCUUAUUCUCUUGGUCUGAUCCUAAUGGAAAUCAACCUCCAGACAUUUUUGCAUCGGCAUCUCCCUUCAAUCAAAAUAUUGAUCCCUCGGAGUUCUACAUAACAAAGGAUGAUCUUCGAGUGGCUCUUUAUAAGGAUUCUCUAUUCAAAUUAACUUCUAGUGAUGCUAAAUGGCCUCACCCUUUACCUCCACAACAAAUCCAGCAUUUGAAACAUAGUGUCAAUCAGCAUAAUCAUAAUCAUGAGCACCAGCAUCAUGAUUUCUUGUCGGCAACAAGUACAUCUAAUGAAGAUGAUAAUGUAAGUAGUAAUAGUUUUGAAAAUUCUGCUAAUACUUUCAGUCGUCAUAUUCAUUCACUUGAUAAUAAUAUUGAAGAAUUGACCAAAGACCUCUUUGAUUCAUUCAAUUUGAAUAACAAUAUUGUUCAUAGUCAUCCUCCACCAUCGGCUCAUCCUUCACAUCCAGGUACUCCCUUAGAUAAUGCAAUAAGUAUGCCAUUUACUUGUCAGAAACUUGUAAAAACUUAUAAGAGGAAGCGGAUGUUUAUCCCUCUUAGAUCAGGUCUUGAUCAAAGUAGUUUAUCAUUUUACAGCCUUUACGCACCAGUAUGGAGAUAUGAACAUACCGAUAUAUUCUGGACGGCAGUUUUCAAUCAAAGUAUUGUCCUAGAUCUUUAUUUUUCAUUCUUUAUGGAUAGAGGAUUAAGUGUACUUAUAAAAGUUAUUAAUACAGUAGUUAAUGCUGAAAGUAAUACUACAUCAUUCACAGUUAAAGAUUUGAAUAUCUUAACUAAAAAGUCUUAUUCUUAUUAUGGAAUGUUAAUAAAAGAAUUAAGAGAAUCAUUAACCAAUAUUCAUAUUGAAUAUCCUAUUAAAAUUUCAACUUAUUCAGCUUGGACAACUUUCUUACACUUACAUGCAGCAGUUGAAACAGUAGUAUUGAUGCAUACUGGUACUGCAUCAUUAUUAAAUACUUAUGUUCAUGAGAUGUCAAGUACUAGCGAAAUUACUUCAACAUUACAGGCAUCUAUUCAAAAUCAUUCUAAUCAUGUAUCAUUUGCUUUAGUACCUGAUUAUAAAUUCGAUGUAAUUCGUGAAUUAUAUCAAGAUUUACUUGAUCUUCGAUCAUUUAUAAUCUAUAAUCCUGAUUUAACUUCAAAGAAUAAUGGAGUACUUGUGAAUACAUUUGUUGAAUUAGAAACAUUCUUAAAGGAUUUAAUAGAGGUUACAUACCCUAAGAUGCUUUAUAUUAAUAAUUUUUAUAAGGCUGCUAAUAACAUUGAGGAUAAUUCCGAUAAUAUUAUAUUUACUUCACCAUCUUUAUUGUUUGAUAUCUUAGUUCAUUGGUUUAGAAUAUUUCCUAGUGAAGCAUCUUCAGUUGGAUCUGAUAUGUCACCUUUAAAGAAAACUUUUUACUUAUUCUUUAAUGCUAUAGGUAAAGCUUUAGGUCAUGUUUUCACUCCCUUUAGAAGUGUUAUGUUGAUUGAUUCUGUAAAUAUAAUGUAUCCUAUUGUUGAUACAGAUUGUAUGACUUAUAAAAUCCAUCCUGAACAUUGUCCUGAUCUUGCACAAUAUAAUUAUCUUUCGAGAAUGUCAAUGAAACUUAUGAGGAUUAUUCAAUUUUUUAAUAAUAGAGUUGAAUUAUUGGGCUAUUUUUUAGCAGAUAAGACUAUCUUACAUUCUACUUCAUAUUUACAAGCAGUAGGACCUACUCAUGAUAGAUCAAGAUAUAAUCAAGGCGAUAUUAUACAAAUUAAGUCGGGUAAACUUCCAAGUCUUAAUGAAAUCAUGAUGACUAAUUUCAAUGUUGAGAAUGCAAUUGGUUUAUGGAAUUAUCCUUUAUUACCUGAUUUGGUACAUGAAUCUUUCCCAUUCCCAGAUGAAGAUCGAGGUCUUUAUCGAAAGAUUAUUGAAAAAGAAAAUGAAAGUCAACAUGAACGAAUCAAGAAUGCUGAUUAUGAUUCUUCUACAAUCAUUAAAGAAUUUAAUUAUGAUAUAGGAAUGUUCAGCUUUGAUUUCAAUAUUACUACCCCUUUACGUACUUAUCAGAGAGCCCUGAAAGACAGUUGGGAUUUCAAUAAAUUCCCAAUUGAAGAAAUAAAGACAAGACUCAAAUAUUUCGAAGAUUCUCGAAAACAAAUUGCUAUUGCGGUAGGAGAAAAUCGUCAGGAUGAGAAGUAA